ACUGGACACUUUUAACAUAGUUAAUAUCUGUCAUUUCAGUAAGCAUACCUGGCAUACCUUUAGAUCCCAGAUUUUGACCUUUGGACUACUUUGCAGCGAUCGUGUUUUAUGAUAUUUGACACUCAGACGAGCCUCUAAAGGUAGGCAGGUAAUGUUUCAUAUGUUUUCAGUGAGGAAGAAACAAGAAUGUGGAGAUAUUAUUCCUGUAGUUUAUAGAGAAAACUAAUAUAGUUUCAUGACUACGCUUGGUUUCUCUUCCUGUAUGUGUCUCUUCAUGCUCUGUUAAAUUCCUUUAAUGUUGUUUUCAUUUACACGUUCCCACAGGCAACAGAACAACAUGGACUCUUCUAAAGGACCUUGCCCUCAUCAGAGCGUCCCGGUUGAGAUGGAUGAGACCAUGAUGACAUCAUCCAGUCUGGACCUGGCCUGGCUUUCCUCCUGCAAACUGUGUAGUGGACUUACAAGGACCAGCAGAAGGCCUGAGGAACAUGAUUAUGAGCAGGAUCAGGGGCCAGAACACAAUGUGGGCCAGUGGAGACCCCCUGAGAUCCAGCACCAGCAUGGACCCAGAGCAGCCGGUCCUGCUGAGAUGAAUCCCCCCCACCCGGGGCCUCGUUUGGGCCUCACACAGCCGGGGCCAGGGUAUGACCAGGACCUCAUUAGAGGCUAUGCUGGCCCUUCAGAUUGGCCCCAGGAUCACUCUGUGGAGGAGGGGGACCGCCUGGAGACCCCUCUGUCCCUCAGGACUGAAGUUAACUUCACCGGAUACGAACCCAAUCCAAUGCAGGGGAGACCCAGACAGACUGCAUGCUGCCCUCCAGCAAAUCAGCCCCAUCACAAUAAUAAUUACUAUCAUUUUAAGCAUGAAUACCCAGCAGAUCCACGCCAAGAGCCACCACACCAACAACAACAACAACAACAACCAUGGAACCCCAAUAAUAGGGCACAACGUCAGAAUGGCCCCUAUGGAUCUGAGCCUCAGUUUGUGGCCCCCAGAGACGUGAUGCAGGAGGUCAGCGUGGGUCCUUCCCUCCCGCUCGGUCCGGUGCAGACCACCAGGGAGAUCAGGAGGACCAUCAGCCUCCCUGAGGAGUGUAGGAAGGUUUUUAUCACAUAUUCAGUGGACACAGCCAGAGAAAUAGUUCCUUUCACCAAGUUCCUGUCUGAUCAGGGCUUCAGACCAGCAAUUGAUAUCUUCGAUAAUCCGAUCAGAAGAAUGGGCAUCACCAAAUGGAUGGACAGCUUUCUGAACGAUAAAUCAGUGCUGAUUAUCGUGGUCAUCAGCCCCAAAUAUAAGGAGGACGUGGAGGGAGACGGAGACGAUGAACAUGGCCUCCACACCAAGUACAUCCACAACCAGAUCCAAAACGAGUUCAUCCAACAAGGCUGCAGAAACUUCAGACUGGUUCCUGUGUUGUUUCCUAAUGCAUCCAAGAGACAUGUCCCCGCAUGGCUCCAGAACACCACCAUCUUCCAGUGGCCCCGGGACACCCAGGACCUGCUGCUGCGCCUGGUCCGGGAGGAGCGCUACAUCAUCCCCCAGCGAGGGGCCGACCUCACGCUCACUGUCCGCCCCAUCUGACAUUAAAAACAGGAAACAGGAAAGAUUCAUGAGGGAAAGAAGAUAUAAGACAUUGUUUCAUAGUUGUAAAGUGUUUUCAUUUUGUCGCUUGUUUACAGGCAGUGGUGGUUCUAGAUCAGUUUUACUGUGGGGGCCAAGGAGGGGCCAGUGUUUAAUCAGAGGGGCACAUCAGCAC